AAGAACGUCCUAAGAUUCCUUGACUAGAACACGGAAGUAGGAUUGGUAACGAGUUAUUUUUGUUCCUUGUGUGGAGUAAAGAAAAUACAUACUGACUUAACUAAAUAGGCUACCCAACUCUAAUUUUAUUGAAAUGUCUAAACUACAGACGUUGUGUGUGUUUUUAAAUGAAUGUUUAACGGCGGCUGCUUUGGAGAUUUUCGGGGAAGUUGAGAAAACGGUAGUGGUGUACGAGGAGGAGAAUGAUCGGCUACGGAGACUGCUGCGGAGGACACCAGAGAUACAACAAUGUCGAAUAGUCCCUCCAGACCCCCUGCAGCUCUCUGUCUCUGAAGAGGAGGUUCCCCCUGAGCAGCAGGAGUGGAGCCCCAGUCUGGGACAGAAGGACCCAGAGACCAGAAAGAUUAAAGAGGAACAGGAGGAAGUCAGGACCAGUCAGGAGGAAGAGCAGCUUCAAGGGGUGGAGCCUGAUAUCAUAGAGUUCAUAUUUACUCCUCCUUGUGUGAAAAGUGAAUGUGAUCAGGAGGACCCACGUCAAGAAGCCGUACUAGCUGAACACCCAACUCUCAGUCCACUGAAAAUGUCUAAACUACAGUCGUUUCGUGUGUUUUUAAAUGAGCGUUUAACGGCGUUUGCUGCUGUGGAGAUUUCCGGGGAAUUUGCGAAAGCAGUAGCGGAGUACCAGGAAGAGAAUGAUCUUCUACGGAGACUGCUGCAGAUCACACCGGAGAUUAAACUAUGUAGAAUAGACUCCCUGCAGCUCUCUGUCUCUGAAGAGGAGGUUCCCCCUGAGCAGCAGGAUUGGAGCCCCAGUCUGGGGCAGAAGGACCCAGAGACCAGAAAGAUGAAAGAGGGUCAAGAGGAAGUCAGGACCAGUCAGCAGGAAGAGCAGCUUCAAGGGCUCGUUGAUACCAGAGACUCCAUAUUCACUCCUUCCUGUGUGAGAAGUGAAUGUGAUCAGAUGGACCCACAUCAAGAAGCCAUACUAGCUGAACACCCAACUCUCAGUCCACUGAAAACGUCUAAACUACAGUCGUUUCGUGUGUUGUUAAAUGAAUGUUUAACGGCAUCUGCUGCUGUGGAGAUUCUUGGUGCGGUUGAGGAAACUGUAGCAGAGUACCAGGAAGAGAAUGAUCUGCUACGGAGACUGCUGGGGAGGACACCAGAGAUAAAACUAUGUAGAAUAGACUCCCUGCAGCUCUCUGUCUCUGAAGAGGAGGUUCCCCCUGAGCAGCAGGAGUGGAGUCCCAGUCUGGGACAGGAGGACCCAGAGACCACACAGAUUAAAGAGGAACAGGAGGAAUUCAGGACCAGUCAGGAGGAAGAGCAGCUUCAAGGGCUCGUUGAUACCAAAGACUCCACAUUCACUCCUUCCUGUGUGAAAAGUGAAUGUGAUCAGGAGGACCCACAUCAAGAAGCCAUACUAGCUGAACACCCAACUCUCAGUCCACUGAAAACGUCUAAACUACAGUCGUUUCGUGUGUUGUUAAAUGAAUGUUUAACGGCAUCUGCUGCUGUGGAGAUUCUUGGUGCGGUUGAGGAAACUGUAGCAGAGUACCAGGAAGAGAAUGAUCUGCUACGGAGACUGCUGGGGAGGACACCAGAGAUAAAACUACGUAGAAUAGACUCCCUGCAGUUCUCUCUUUCUCUCUCUGAAGAGGAGGUUCCCCCUGAGCAGCAGCACUGUGAGCAGGAUUGGAGCCCCAGUCUGGGGCAGGAGGACCCAGAGCCCAUACAGAUUAAAGAGGAACAGGAGGAAGUCAGGACCAGUCAGGAGGAAGAGCAGCUUGAAGGGCUCUUUGAUACCAAAGACUCCAUAUUCACUCCUUCCUGUGUGAAAAGUGAAUGUGAUCUGGAGGACCCACUUUGGUCCUUGACUCUUCCCCAAACCCAGACUGUGGAGAACAGAGAGAGUGACUCUAAACCAGUGGAUCUCAAACCUUUUGUCACUGUGACCCACAUUAAGGGUCUCUACAUUCCCUGUGACCCUCCAGAUAAUCAAAACAAUGCCUCCAGCCACAGUUCAGCUGUAAGCAGUGACACAGUAGGACUUGACAGCAGCCCACCAUUGGAUCCCAGUCCACUAUUGGAUCCCAGUCCACUAUUGGAUCCCAGUCCACUAUUGGAUCCCAGUCCAACAUUGGAUCCCAGUCCAACAUUGGAUCCCAGUCCACUGUUGGGGGAACACUGUUCCAAACCCAGCACCACAGCUAGAAGAACUCACCACUGCCGUGACUGUGGAGAAACAUUUGCUCUGAAAGCUGACCUGCAGAGACAUGUGACUCUCUUCAGUAAGAUACCCAGUGAAUGUAGUUCCUGCCAAAAACGCUACAACUCCACCUGUAAACUGAAGGCCCAAGUCCGACUCUGUCACGGUGGGAAACCCUGCACUGUUUGUGGAAAGACCUUCAAACACAAAGGAGCUCUGUCCAGGCACAUGAGGAUUCACACAGGAGAGAAACCAUACCUCUGUGGUGACUGUGGGAAAAGCUAUAAUCACAAGAAGCACCUAACCAGGCAUAAACUGACUCACACAGGAGAGAAGCCAUUCAUCUGUGGUGACUGUGGGAAAAGCUUCAUUCGCAAGGAGACCUUAACUACACACAAACUGACUCACACAGGAGAGAAACCAUUUAGCUGUGAUGACUGUGGGAAAAGCUUCAUUCGGAAGGAGCACUUAACCAUGCAUAAACUGACUCACACAAGAGAGAAACCAUUUAGCUGUGGUGACUGUGGGAAAAGCUUCAUUCGGAAGGUGAGCCUAACUGAACAUAAACUGACUCACACAGGAGAGAAACCAUUUACCUGUGGUGACUGUGGGAACAGCUUCAUUCGGAAGGAGCACUUAACCAUGCAUAAACUGACUCACACAAGAGAGAAACCAUUUAGCUGUGGUGACUGCGGGAAAAGCUUCAAUCGGAAGGAGCCUUUAACCAUGCAUGAACUGACUCACACUGGAGAGAAACCAUUCAGCUGUGGUGACUGUGGGAGGAGCUUUACUCUGAAAGGGGACCUGAGGAGACAUAUACUGAUUCACACAGGAGAGAAACCAUUUAGCUGUGGUGACUGCGGGAAAAGCUUCAAUCGAAAGGGGCACCUAACCAUGCAUAAUCUGACUCACACAGGAGAGAAACCAUUCACCUGUGGAGACUGUGAGAAGAGCUUUAUUCAGAAGAGGGACCUAAGUAGACAUAUACUGAUUCACACAGGAGAGAAAUAAUUUAGCUGUGGUGACUGUGGGAAAAGCUUCAAUCGGAAACAACAUGGCUGCUCAGUCUGAUAAACUAUUAAUUCAGAAGACUAAUCUGCUGACACGUGAAAAACAUCCACAAAGAAAGUAAAUGAGGACACAGAGAGGGGACUAAGAGAGUAUUGAGAUACACCUGUGGACCAACUCUAACUGGUCCUCCUGAUCCUGCUCAGUCCAAUGUCACAGUAAUGAUAUAAUGGGGCUGUUGUCUGAACCUGACAGGUAAUGUUGCUACUCUUUGUGUAUGAAAUGGACAAUCUGCAGUUCAGACAACCACCACUUUUUAGGUGAACAACUGAGGGAUGGGGUUGGAGAGUUGUGAACAUUCAAUGUCGUAGUCAGAUAUGGAUACAAGAUGUCCAGAUGUAAUGUAGGAUUCCCAAUAGGUGGCCCGUUGGGUGAUUUUAUUUGGCCCCCAAGUUCUGAUUAAAACAAGAUUUAAUAAAAAAAAAAAUGUUUAUUCAUUGUUAGACAUUUUUUAAAUUAAUUAAGGGAAUCUGUUCUAUGAAAUAACACAUAGAAUCAUGUAGUAGCCAAAAGUGUUAAAUCAAAAUAUAUUUCAUAUUUUAGAUUUUUCAAAGUAGCCACCCAGAUGUAUCCGAUUUCAAGAAAUUGUAGAAAACAUCUCCCUUAUAUAAUCAAUGUGAGCAUUACAUAACCAGGGGAGUAGUGAUUGGAUAAGGGGGAUGUUUUGUAACCAGGGGGGUAGUGAUUGGAUAAGGGAGAUGUUUUGUAACCAGGGGGGUAGUGAUUGGAUAAGGGGAUGUAACCAGGGGAGUAGUGAUUGGAUAAGGGGAUGUAACCAGGGGAGUAGUGAUUGGAUAAGGGGAUGUAACCAGGGGAGUAGUGAUUGGAUAAGGGGAUGUAACCAGGGGAGUAGUGAUUGGAUAAGGGGAUGUAACCAGGGGAGUAGUGAUUGGAUAAGGGGAUGUAACCAGGGGAGUAGUGAUUGGAUAAGGGGAUGUAACCAGGGGAGUAGUGAUUGGAUAAGGGGAUGUAACCAGGGGAGUAGUGAUUGGAUAAGGGGAUGUAACCAGGGGAGUAGUGAUUGGAUUAGGGGGAUGUUUUGUAACUAGUGAUUGGAUAAGGGGGUAUUCCUGUAUUGUGUGAAUCAGAUUUAACUGGUUUAGGGAGGAGUUUACAAGUGAGGCUGGACUGUAUAUACAGUGCCUUGCGAAAGUAUUCGGCCCCCUUGAACUUUGACCUUUUGCCACAUUUCAGGCUUCAAACAUAAAGAUAUAAAACUGUAAUUUUUUGUGAAGAAUCAACA